AUGGAUACUGCACCGUCCCGGAGGGGUCCUGUGCGGAUUGACCAGGAUGGUCCAUGGAGUGUCAGCAUAGCAGAAAGUCCUCACGACUCUAGGUCGUAUAGUCUUUACAUAAAGACACCUACACACAAUCUUACCCUCACCAGAACGGUCAUGGAGAUUGUCGAACUUGAUCACAAGCUUCGCGACUCCAUCGUUUCUACCUCCAAACUCCCUACUCUGCCUUUGGACCCAGCUUCGAUUCCUGCUGUACCCAAACGCAAAUCUGCGUUUCUAAACACUCUUUCUCGUUUAGCUUCACCGACAUCUGCCAAGUCUGGUACUCGGCGGCCAGUCGUUAACGGCAAUGUUUCUUCGACAACACCCUCCGGACUACCCACCCCAGCCGCGUCGCCAUCUAUUGAACAAAACGAUCCCUUUGUUUCAUUCACGGCCUCUAGUGCGUUGCUCAAUGCUGCACUUCCCACUCCAUCUGCCACCAGUACCGCCCUCGCUGCCUAUUUCACUACGUUGUCCAACCUACAGCCAGUCCGCCAGGCCAGGGCCUGGAAACGCUUCGUCCGUGUAAGAACUGACGAUCUUGAAAGUACCCGAGUCGAAAGGGCGAUUAAGAGAGUCAGAUCAGACUUAGCUGCGCAUGUUGGUGGGACGAGAGAUAAAACGGAGAGAGGCGGGAAGAUGAACAAACUCAUCGAAAGUCUAACCCUGGAUUCCAAAACUGCCGAAAAGCGGGAGGAACUUGCUGAAGCUAGCAACAACCAAAUUCUGACUUCGCCCGCUCCAGAGGAUGCCGAACCUACCUCUCCAACUACCACAACCGAGCCAACAUCUCCUACCGCCGCCACUUCCACCGCCGUCAUAGACCUUAGCUCAACUCCUCGUGCUAGUGAAGAAGAGCCGCGCGCUCCAGUCACUUCUGCUCCCACUCCAGAACCUCCCUCUACUGCUACUAGUCGCGUGCCCCGCUCUCAAUCGGCAGACCCUGACCGUCGAAUAUCGCGCGCCUAUCACUCUUCAGUCCACGAAGGCAAUCUUUCUUCUUCUCAGACCGAAACCGGCGACGAAUCAUCCAGCAUCUCUACCGCUGCUCGGAGCAUGAGCAAAUCCGCGCGUAAGAAACGCAAGGAAAUCAAUUCUUCUGCUGCUGCUUCUCUAAGUGGAAGCCAGAAAGAGCUCACUAAGAAAAAGUCCCAACGAAAAGUGGUCGUGGAUGAUUUCGAAAUGCUACGGGUCCUGGGUAAAGGCUGCGCUGGAAAAGUGUUGCUGGUGAGACACAAGGCCACCGCCGAUUUAUAUGCGAUGAAGGCAAUCACCAAGAGGCAUGUGCUAGCGCAUCAAGAACUGCAGCAUACCUUGACGGAACAGGCAGUUUUGAAGAGGAUGGCUGCAGUUGAUGGGAAUGGGCAGCCUAAUCCAAAUGGAGUGGUGAAGGACCCAUUCGUGGUGAAGUUAUGGUGGAGUUUCCAUGAUAAGGAGAAUCUUUUCCUGGUGAUGGACUUCCACCCUGGUGGUGAUUUAGCGACACAGUUGGCAAGAUGGGGUCGUCUAGGCCGAGAUCGUGCACGAUUCUACGCUGCCGAAAUCGUCGAGGGUGUUGAGGGCCUACAUGCAGCUGGUGUAAUCUACCGUGAUUUGAAACCCGAAAAUAUCCUCAUCGGUGCCGAUGGUCACAUCGUUCUCACCGAUUUCGGUCUCUCAAAAGAGUUUCCCAGACGAAGAGAUGCUGUCACUGCUCCGGCAACGCCGUCUGGCAAAGAUUUUGUCGGCGCGCAACCCCCGUGGAUGAAAGAUACCGGCUCCGAGAUUGGGAAUGGUGUGCCAGUAGUAGACACAACCACCACCUUUUGUGGCACGGCAGAGUAUCUCGCACCGGAAGUGAUUCAAGCACUGCCAUAUAGCUAUGAGAUUGACUGGUGGAGCUUUGGGACGAUGUUGUAUGAGAUGUUAACUGGAAUAACACCGUUCUGGGCCAACAACCAUUCGGACAUGUAUGUCCGGGUACUACAGGACGAAUUACAGUUCCCAGAUGAGAGAUCUAUGGAUCAGGAUACAAAGAGUCUGAUUCGAGGACUCCUUCAACGGAAUCCCGCCCUCAGAAUAUGCGAGCCCCGAAUAAAACGGCAUCCAUAUUUUUCCAUGAUAGACUGGUCUCAUGUGUAUUAUAAACGCUACAUCCCUCCGUAUAUUCCACCCAUCGAUCCCUCGAACGCGAGCGAUACCCAGAACUUCGAUGACACUUUUCUAGAUAUGGAACCUGUUCUUGACGACUUCAAUGACAACGAGAACGAGAAUACCGAUACUGAUCUAGAGCAUGAAAAUACUGACACUGAUCGCACAGACGGAGAGGAGACUAACACCACUCCCUCCCAAUCCCGAAGCUCUUCCCUACAUCCAAUAUCAAGGCAGAAUGAGCAAGAGAAUGAUUCGGUUGAUGUUUUUGAUGGUUAUUCAUUCAAGGGCAGACAUUCUGUCCUCAUAGAUGAUGAGCAGGAGGAUGGAGAAAUAUCCGAAGAGGAAGAGACUGACGAAGACGAGGACGAGGACGAGGAUAUCGCCAGUGGCUUGCUUGGCGAUCUUGCACCUCCACUUUUGGGCGAGGCUACCACGGAGAUACCCGAGGAAGAAGAAGAGGAGUCACCUGAGCCUAAAACACCCGAAGCUCGUCCUGUAUCUCUUCCUGUCGACGAAGAGGGUGUCCCGCCGACUGCCACUCCUUCACGCGAACCUUCGAAUGCAUCUUUAUCCGAGGUUCCGGCAGCCAUCGUUGAGGCUAAGCCACGCAGAAGCAAGGAAGUGCCGGCAGAACCAGCACCUCCUCCUUCUCCACCCGCGGACAAACUCAAGCCUGCUCUCCCACCCAAAACACAGCCUCCGAAAGCCAGUCGUCCUGCUCGUCGCAAAGAGCGCUCAGGUGUGCACGCAUUGGACCGUUAUUUGUCCGACGGACCCGACGAAGCAGAGGCCACUUCGCGCGACGAGGAUGACGAUGAAGAUUGGGACUUUAUCGAAGCAGAUGGUGGAGAAGAUCGCAAUGGAGCAAAAGGCGCCAGUUUGUUCGCCCGAGGGGUCGUCGAUAGGUACCGCUUGGCUGUGUUCAGGAAAGCUUCGACUCCGAGUCGCAGUGGUACUAUGUCCCGAUCCGUAUCUGGGCUAUCGAAGACCUCAGAUCUAGAUGCAACUGCAUCUCCAGAAGAGUCUCCUAGCCCCUCCAUUCGUAGAGGUAGAAAUCAAGGUCUUACAUUCAGAAAGACUCCUCGACAGUUCCUCAGGCCUCGGUCCCCUCCGCCGUCGUCUUUCUCUUCAAAGUCUGCCAAAACGCUAAAUCAUUCCAAUUCUGCUACAAUGAGCUCAUCAUCGUCCAGUGGAGGGUUGUUCACACCUGCGCCCUCAGUUGGUGGGAGCACAGUACCGGUGUCGUCCCACUCAUUAAAGUCGAAAGAGUCUGCAGCUUCAGUCGGUGCUCAAAGUUACUCUUCGGAUACGUCUGCGACCGGCGAUACACCGGCAGAUCAAGUUGUGGAAGAGCCCGAGAAAUAUAAGAACAAGAAGCUCAAGAAAUACAAAGAGAAUGCGGAGAAAGUGUUUUCUAUCUUCUCAAACUCACCUCGCCCCUCGAAUCCUUCGUAA